AUGGCGACUGUUCAUAAGGCCCUAUUCACUUGGUUUGUUACACUGAUAUUUUUUAUCCUGUUUGUGCUUCGUGCAGAUGACACUGUUGAUUGGAACUGGUUUCUGAUUUUCAUACCGUUAUGGAUAUUCGAUGCUGCCAUCAUGAUAUACAUCAUAGUGAACAUAAUCAUCCACUAUCGGUCUCCGCACUAUUUGCACCAUGUGGACAGGAACGAGAUGACAAUGAAACGCAAGUAUGCACUCUUGGUCUGCUGCCUCUUCAAGAUUGCAUUCCAGUUUUUGGUUUGCCUUCGUCUGGAAUAUUUCUCCAUCAGCUUAUACUAUGUCCUCAUUCCCCUGUGGAUUAUGUUGGCGGCUGGACUUGGAGAUAACUUUCGCGUCCUUGUUGCCAAGGUACCCUACAGGUGACACAGGGAUCCUCUGUACAAAUAUGUGUAGAUCAUUAUACUUUACUUUAUGCUGUAUGUGACAGAUGAAGCAUCUCAUUGACUCUGAGCUGAGGUGUCGCAAGCAAGCUAAUGUUUGAAUUUGGACCAACAGGAGAAAGCUUGCAUCAUGCGGAAGUGUCGAAAAAUCAACAACCCAAUGCUUUAAAAUUUCCAGUGUAUGAAGGAACUGUCAAGUGUGUGAGUGUUUGAUCGAUCAGAGCUCUUAUUAUUUAUAUGAUCUCAGACUUAGUACUACGACUUUCACUCCAAAUUCCCUCGAUAAGUUUCUUUGCAGAUAUUGGUGUAUUGAGAUAGACUGGCUCGUUGGGCUGACUGGAGGAAAAGUGUGACUUUCCAAAUAACAGAUGGUGUGGCAGAACUUUGAUUUGUUCUAUACAGAAUUCUGAAUGUUGCUGAGUCUGGGAAGAUUCUCUAUCUGUUGGGGCGGGGGGGUUGGGGGUUUUUUUUGGUUGUUGUUCUAUGAGGGGAGGGGGGUUCUCGCUUGGUGGACAAGAAUAUAAAUAGAUCAUUCAGAUGAAAUAAAUGAGUUGUAUUGUGGGGGAAAAAAGUGAUGCUUCAAAUACAAACGCAUGGGGUUUCAUGUCAUAUCUGGUUCAGAAAUGUUACUCGUUCAUAAUGAAUACUGUAUAGUUUCCUCUUCUUUUUCAAUUCAUUAUGAUGACAUGUAUGGUGUUGAUGUAUGAAUAUGAGAUUUAUUACACUGUUUACUCAUUCCAGUCUUAAAGUUCUUGAAAUAAUGAGAAUAUCACAUGCAUUAAUAUCAUCAUAAUGUGGUUCAUUCUCAUGAAGGAAUGUGAGAAGAUGGAGAAUCUGUUUUGCAAUAUAAUGCUGUGGCUUGUGGAAGAGUGGGAGGAGAAAGAUGUUGCCAGUGGUCCUGCAAGUUGGCAUGUCAGAAGAGCGGAUGUGAAACAGAACUUAUAAAUGUUUGGGCAAUCACAAAUUAUACUCUUUGUCCUUGUGAUUUCUUGAAAGUUGAUUCUUCAAAAGCACCUUUCGCACAUGAGGUCACGGUAACCCAGGUGUGGCCCCAGGGGGAGUGGAGGCCCUGGAUGUGCAUGCUGGGUCAUUUAAGUUCUGAAUGGGGGGGCCCAAGUUUACUUUUACCGCUUUUUUUCUAUCACUGCUAAUUUUUUAAUAAUGAUAAUUGUUAGAUUGGAUUUAUACAGCGCUCUAUCCCAUAUGAGUAUAAGCUCUAAGAAAGGCAAUGUUGCUCAACCUGUCCAUAUAAGAAAACCCCUUUCUAAUGCAUUGCGAUAGUAAUUACUGCCAUCAACACUUGCACUGAAAAUUGGAGCGCAAUGGUGGAGUGUAUAAGUUUUACGUAGUCCUCUUCUUUUCUCUUUAAGAGUUUGCACAAUCAGUCAAAGUAUUAUUCAUGUCAUGAGUAGUAUCUUUUUUUCAUAAUGUAUGAUACCAGUAGGGCCUUUAUAUAUAUAUGUAUAUUUAUAUAUACAUAUAAUUUUUUUUUUUCAUUUUGAAUCGAUCAGGAGGAGAGUAUGUUUUGGUUGAGCCAGGCAGGGAGAGAAGAGUGAAAAUGGUUGGUGUCAAAAUAUUGGCAUUUUAUGUCUUAAAUCAAGGGACUUGCUGUUUUGUAAAAAAAAAAUUUGCCCUGUUUACCAUGACAGUAACAGUUUUUGCUUGCUACUAGUGGUUGAUGGUUCCAUCAUAGAUAUAUUAAUUCUUUCCUUGUGCUGUGUUUCAGUUGACGUGUGUUAGUACUUUGAAGCCUUUUCCAACACAGCCAUGGGUUUUUCUGUUGUCUUCCUGCGUCACAAACCUUUGAACAAAAAUAGAUCAUUUCUCUUAUGAACACUCACCCUUUAUGCUGAAUAUAAGCUUGAACAGGCUUCUUUUUUUUUUUCCUUUUGUUUGUUUGCUUUUUUCUAGAUUAUACGUGCGGUGAUGGAGCGAUUAGUGCGCUCGUCUCCGAAGCAGAAAGUCCGGGUUCGAGCCUCGGUUCGGACACAGAUUUUUUUCACCCCCACCUGCCCGCCCAGCAGUAAUAGGUACCUGAUUUUGAGUUGGGGAAGUAAAGGCGGCAUGGAAAGGAACUGGCCACCCUACCACAAUAUGCCGAAGGCCCAGGAAGUUGUCUUGAACUAUCAUAAGGCAAUCCCCAAUGUCCAGAUCGGAUGCGGGAACAACUUUACUUAUUUUGUAAUUCCCUGAACGAAUAAGUCUACAUGGGAUUUUCCAUAAUCUUUGCCAUUAUAUUCUGAUUUUGAUAAAUUAUCAUUAGAAAAGAAAAAAGAGUUUGAUUUGGUUAAUAUCUCAGACUUGAUGGUAACAGCAGGCCUGUGAGUUACUAUUUCUUGAUGUGGGUGCUAUUUUCCCUAAUGUUUUCAGAAAUUUUGCUGAUUGUGAAUAAGUUUUUGCUUUUUCAUUUUUACUCUUGCAUUGGUGUCUGUGCGUGUAUAAUGUGUCCUCUUCUAUCUAGUCAUGUGUGUUUUUUUGUACUGGCAGAGAGUUAUCAUGAACGUUCUUGUGCUGUCAGUGAAUAUCAGCCCCUGUUGAUCAUGCUUUAACUCAACCAUUGUCCAUAUCACUAAAUUAACUAAAUAGUAAAUUCCUGCUGUUUUUCGCACAGUUUGCAUGUUCCUUUUUUAUGAAUCAUGUCAAUUGGGCUGUUAAAAUACCACUGAUUCCCGAUGGUGAAUAUGUGUGAGUGGGUGAUAAUUGAUAUGCAUACAUGAAUGUAUUUGUUUAUGCACAUAUUUCCAAGCGAAGCGUUCAAUGACACUAGUCAUUACCUGGGUGAUCCUCACCGCCCACUAGCGUUACAACAUCGCCCACUAGCGGGCAAUUUCACCCAGUUUGAUAAACACUGAUCUUAUGAUAUAAAUGAUUCGCUCGAGUGGAGAAUACUCUAAUCAUAUCAAGAUUGUAGCUUUUGAUUAGGUAAUAAAACUUUU